CGUGAAUUGCAGGCGCCCACCAUCAACGGCUUUUGCUUGAGACUCGAUCUCUCACCAAUUAAUCAUUAAUUCUCACUCGAUCCUCACCAUUUCAGAUUUGAUUGCAGGUUGCCGGAUCAAUCUACCUGCAUUCUCUGGAUGUCAUAAACCACCGUGUUCGCCGACUUUGACAGCCAACUCCCGGCGCAGACUCGGAUGAUAUGAACGACUCACCAGCCCGUCCCCUCCGACUACCCUCAUACCGGUGACGGUGACAGCAAGAUGCCUGCGUCCACCGAAGUCCAGGCUGCCCUGCCGGGCAAAGAGCAGGUGGUCAACGAUGUGCCCAAAGUCAUCAAAGAAUUACACUUCGGUGUCUUAUCCGACCAGGAUAUCAUCAACCAGUCUCAAGUCGAACUCGCCGACCGUCGCAUGUUUGAUCUCGACAAAGGUCGUACCUAUGCCGAAUAUGGACCACUCGACAGACGAAUGGGUGUAUCGGGUAAACGAGAUAUCUGCCAGACUUGCGGCGAGCAGUUACAAACAUGUAACGGACACUUCGGACACGUCAAACUCGUUCUGCCGGUCUUCCAUGUGGGCUAUUUCAAGAAAGUCAUCCAGAUACUACAAAGCAUCUGCAAGGAUUGCUCUGCCAUUCUCCUCUCCGAAGCGGACCGAAGAAAAUACCAUAACGCUCUACGAAGAGUCGCGAACGAUAGUCUAAGACAGGCGGCGAUUGUGAGAAAAGUGGCGGAUCAAUGUCGGAAAACAAAGGUUUGCUUCGAGUGCGGUGCCAUCAACGGUCUGGUUCGGAAAGCUGGCACAUCGGCACUCAAGAUUUCUCACGACAAGUUCAAGGCGUUCAAUUCGUCGACGGCAGCAAAGAAGCAGCCGCCGCCUGAAAAGAUCGAGUUCGAUAAGUCUUUCGAGACCGCCAAGGAAUCCAAUCAGGAACUAGAGAAGCAUUUGAAGAAGGCUAUGGACGACCUGAAUCCCCUGCGGGUGUUGAAGUUAUUCAGGCGCAUACGGCGGUCAGAUCGUGAACUUCUCGGAUUACGGUCCGCCAAACCGGAAGAUUUUCUCUGGCUAUACAUUCCCGCCCCUCCAGUGUGUAUCCGACCGUCGGUAGGGCAAGAAGGUGCGAGUACCGAGGAUGACAUUACAGCAAAGCUGGGCGAUAUUGUGGCGGCAAACAAUGCUCUGCGAGAAGCGAUCGAGAAAGGAGCGCCGGUGCAGUCCGUCGUCGAACAUUGGGACUACCUGACACUUAACCUGGCCAUGUACAUCAACAGCGAUGUUCCAGGGUUGGCCAAGGGUGAAUUCGGCAAGCAGAUUAGAGGGUUUGUCCAGCGACUCAAGGGCAAGCAGGGCCGUUUUCGUGGAAAUCUGUCAGGAAAACGUGUCGAUUUCUCGGGUCGUACUGUCAUCUCUCCCGAUCCAAACUUGAGAAUCGACGAGGUUGCGGUGCCGAUACUGGUGGCCAAGAACAUGACAUAUCCAGAGGUUGUCAACGAGAUCAACAUUGAGAAAUUGCGACAGCGGGUACGCAAUGGUACCAAAGUAUGGCCGGGUGCCAACUACGUUUACAAGCCGGACGGCGACUUCCGGAUAUUUCUCAAAUUCGGUAAACCAGAGCUUAUCGCUAAAGAAUUGAAGGAGGGCGACAUCGUCGAACGCCAUCUCGAGGACGGCGAUAUUGUCUUGUUCAAUCGGCAGCCAUCUCUCCACAAAUUGAGUAUUCUCAGUCAUUUUGUCAAAGUGCGACCGCACCGGACGUUUCGACUUAACGAAUGUGUGUGCAAUCCCUACAACGCCGAUUUCGAUGGAGAUGAAAUGAAUCUUCACGUCCCUCAGACCGAGGAGGCGAGGACAGAGGCCACGUUGUUGAUGGGUGUCAAGCACAACAUUGUCACGCCGAAGAACGGAGAGCCUAUCAUUUCAGCUAUUCAAGAUUUCAUUACUGCCUCUUUUCUUCUCAGCAGUCUAGAUCAAUUCUUCGACAAAAAGACAUUUGUGACCAUGUGCAUCGGUAUGCUGGAGCCAGACACUAAAUUCGAGCUCCCCCCUCCUGCGGUCAUCAAGCCACAAACCCUCUGGACCGGAAAACAAGUCUUCAGUGUAAUGCUACGACCGAACAAGCAGUCCCCGGUCACGGUCAACCUUGAUGCCGCAUCCAGAGAUCACAGUCAAUAUCACCCUGGGCUACAUCGAGAUCUGCAAGACGACAGUUUCCUCUGCAUCCGCAAUUCGGAGGUCUUGUGUGGCAGAAUGGACAAGGCCACUGUAGGGUCAGGCAAGAAGAAUUCGGUCUUCUACAUUUUAUAUCGUGAUUUCGGCCCGGACGCAGCUGCUCAAGGUAUGAACCGUCUGUCGAAACUCUGUGCACGAUGGCUGGGCAACCAAGGGUUUACCGUCGGCAUCAGCGACGUCACUCCUCCAGACCCGCUCGUGAAAGCCAAACAUGAAAUGAUAGCCAAGGUGUUUGAAGAAUGCAAAGCCUUUGUGCGUCUGUCGAAAGAAGGCAAGUUGAAGAGGAAACCCGGUCUGGACGACGCAGGCACUCUUGAAGCGGAACAAAUUCGAAUUCUGAGUACGGUUCGAACAAACAUCGCUGGUCUUUUGACGGCUCAACUCAGUAAGCGAAACUCGCCCAUGGUCAUGGCUAUUUCCGGGUCCAAGGGUUCCAACAUCAACGUGGCCCAGAUGGCGGCGCUUCUGGGGCAACAAGAUAUUGAAGGGAAACGUGUACAGGACGGAUUCCAGGAUCGAACGUUGCCCCAUUUUGCAAAGCAUGAACGAUCGCCACCGUCCAAGGGUUUCAUCUCGAACAGUUUCUUCAGCGGACUUUUGCCGUAUGAGUUUCUGUUUCACGCCGUUGGUGGUCGUGUCGGUCUGGUUGAUACGGCUGUCAAGACCGCCGAAACCGGUUACAUGUCGCGUCGUCUCAUGAAGUCUCUUGAGGAUCUUUCCACCCAAUACGACCGCACUGUUCGUAACUCGGCUUCCAACAUUGUCCAGUUCCGAUUCGGAGAUGAUGAGUUGGAUCCUGUGGAUAUGGAGGCAAGCGCAAAGCCCGUCGACUUUGACCGCACCUUUGCCCAUGUGGAAGCGACCACUUUUGACAUGAAUGAGCCCGGCUUGUCGGAUACCGAGAUGCAUGCUAUUCUGGAAGAAAUCCUGGCCCCCAGGCGUAAGGCACUCACCAGGUUCGACUUCAGUGGCGCGGAACUACCAUUUGACGUGGACGAUGAACGAAUGGUUGACCAGAGUGAAAGUCAACGGGCGUUCUUGCAGUCGAUUCAUGACUUCGUCAUGGCUAAGGCAAGGAACCUGAUCGAAGCAAAGGUGCAAAAGAAGCAGUAUGCUUUGCCGCCUGCCCGCGUGACCAGUGGUAGUAAACGGAAAGCCGAGACAGAGCCGGAGGAAGCUGAGAAUGAAGAACCCGCCACUGCUCAACGGCAGUCUGGUCGAAAGGGAGCUUCUAGUGCCUCUGUGAAGAAGCAGAAGACAGUGGCAUCAGACAGUCGAGCAGUCACCAGGGUGCUGGCGCCUCCAUCUACCAAGGAUCGAUUUGACUUGACCUGCAAGGUAUCUGAGAGGACAUUGCGGGCCUUCAUCAACUUGUGCCUGGAGAAAUAUGAAAGAGCCAGAACGGAACCAGCCCAUGCCGUCGGUGCCGUCGGUGCACAGUCCAUCGGUGAGCCCGGUACACAAAUGACACUGAAGACUUUCCAUUUUGCCGGUGUUGCAGGCAUGAGUUUGACGGCCGGUGUGCCACGUAUCAAGGAAAUCAUCAACGCGUCCAAAGACAUCAGCACGCCUGUCAUCACGUGCCGUCUGGAACGAAGAAGAGAUCUGACAAUUCCCGAAUCUCUGGCCCGAAUCGUCAAGGGCAGGAUCGAGUGUUUGUAUUUGGAAGAUAUCACCUCUUUCAUUCAAAUCAGCCACUCUUUGGACAAGCCAAGCUGCAUCGUGCUCAAAAUCUCCUUGGACACCAUCAUCGAGCUGGGAUUGGAUCUCACACUGACGGACAUCUGCAACGCGAUCCAGAAACAUCGGCAACUCAAGGCGGCGAAACUGAGGAUUCAAAUCCGGGGCAAGGACGAGUUGAAAAUCCACUCGGAUGCCCCGAUCAAAUCGACCAAGCGUGGCGCAGCGGCCAGAAUCGAUGAAGAUGGCCAGACUGAGCGAUUGAUCCGUCUUCAGACUCUGCGUCGGGUGCUUCCGAGCGUGCAUAUCUUGGGUCACCCUACAGCCACUCGAGCGGUGGUCAUGGCGGAAGACGAUCCACGGUCCGACGAGAUCAAGGCCUUGCGCAGGGCCACGGAGCGGGCGAAAGCUGAGAAAGAAAAAGAGAAACAAAAACAGCGCGCCAUCACCUUGUCCACGGAGCCGGAAAUUAAGAGUGAAAACGGCGACGAUCAGGAAAAGGGUGUCAAGGUCGAAGAGCCUACAGAACCUGCGCUACCAAAAGCAGCUGCUGUCGACGAUGGCAAACCCGUCCAAAUGCACAGAGUCAUGGUCGAAGGGUACGGAUUACGGUACUGCAUGAACACCGAGGGCGUGGAUCCGUAUCAUACGCACACCAACUCUGUGAUUGAAACACUACAGGUGCUCGGCAUUGAAGCCGCCCGGUCGAAAAUCAUUCUCGAGAUUCAAGAAGUCAUGAAAUCUCUAUCCAUUGAUCCUCGUCACAUGUCGCUUUUGGCAGAUGUCAUGACGUACAAGGGUGAAGUCUUGGGAAUCACGCGUUUCGGUCUGGCAAAGAUGCGCGACAGUGUUUUGCAGUUGGCGAGUUUUGAAAAGACCGCCGACCAUGUCUUUGACGCGGGCAUUGCUGGCAAAGUCGACAAGAUUGAAGGUGUCUCUGAGUCGGUCAUUGUCGGUAAGACUAUGGGUGUUGGUACGGGGAUGGUCGAGGUGGUGAGGUAUUUGAAUGUCGAUAAUAAGGACAAGAAGAAGAAACCGACGGUUUUUGAGGAUGCUUGGAGUGGGAAAGCUGAUCGAGUCCGGAGGAAGAAGCAGUGAGUGAGAUGUGGGUAUCCGUUCACAUAUCUAGGUGAAGAUGAAAAUGCCGCAAUGAUUCCAGUAGCUACAUACUAGCUAGCUGCUCAGGGGAAAAAGACUUGCUCCUACCUACAUACUGGCUCAACCGGGAUGGGAAUGGGAAUGAUACGUAUGAAACGAGCAAAGAAGGAAAAAAGACAUCAAGAACGUGCAACAGGCGACGAAUGCAGUGGUGUACCGGUUUCUUAGUCUACCGUAACAUAGGUGUUGGCCACGAAAAAUGGCCUUGCUGGAACGAAUUUAACAAAUCUGGAAGCAAAAGAAACAUUGUGACUCCAUGUGGCCACUGGCAUUGAAAGAAUCUUUGGAUGCUCUUGACGUGCUUGCUCGGCGAAAACUUCCACUUGGCUAUCGAGACUCUUCGCCGGGCCUCAUCUCAUGCUCGUCAUGUCGUUGCACUCCAAUAGCUGCUGCUGUCUGUUUGGGCGGUCUAAGGUACGGAUUUUCAGGAAAACUCCAGCCAUUGGUUUCUCAAGUUUGAAUAACGAUAACAAUCAAACUUCGAGUUG